CGCCACCUUGCAGGUCCCGCCUUCUGGUCUUGUGGGGACCGGCGCGAGUGGAAGCUGGGCGCCCAUGGCUGUUGCAGCGAUGGCCGAGCGUGGCCGCCUACCUCACGCUACGCCGAGCACGGAGGGGUUACCGCGAGCCUUUCUCCAGAGCCUACGCACCCUCUUCGACAUCCUGGAUGACCGGCAGCGCGGCUAUGUGCACCUGCGCGAGAUCGAGUGCCGCUGGCAAGGUGCAGACGCACGCGAGCUGCCCUGCGGCGUGCUGGAGGGCCUGCGCCAGGUAGCCCCGGCCAAUGGCUAUCUGACUUUUGAGCGCUUCGUGGCGGGUUUGCGCACCUCGCUGUUGAACGCCGACGGUGGCCCACGGGAUCAGGCACACGUCGCGGCCCGACCUGGAGACCAGUCGUUGUUGCAGCAGCGCCUGAUGUUCGCACCGGCGGAUGAGCCGCGGACUGUCCUGGAGAGGAAGCCUCUGCUCCCGAGUGCACGCCCUGCUCCUGCUGGCCCCAGUGGCACCUCCCGGAACCCUGAGCUAUUGUGUGUCCCGGAGGAGGCGGCGCCCUGCUCCGCAGAGCCCAAGCGGGCCCUGAGUAAGUCGCUGGAGCCGAGCCCUAACGCGGAUACGGGUGCAGCAGCCUGCAAGACCCUGGACAUAGGCACAGGUGAAGCCCGGCAGGCUCCACGAGCCCGAGGCGAACGUCGAAGGCAUACCAUCACCAACGGCGUGGACUGUGUCCUGUUGAAGCAGAUGAAGGAGUUAGACCAAGAACAGGAGGUGCUGCUGCAAGGCCUGGAGAUGAUGGCUAGGGGCCGAGAAUGGUACCAGCAGCAGCUGCAGCGUGUGCAGGAGCGCCAGCGCCGUUUGAGCCAAAGUAGAGCUGCUGCUGACUUUGGGGCUGAAGAGAGCCUCCGCCCUCUGGGGAGAUUGCUGCCCAAAGUACAGGAGGUGGCACGGUGCUUGGGAGAGCUGUUGACUGCAGCCUGUUCUGGCCGAGCUCUGCCUUCGUGUUCUUUGGGGCCCCUGGGCCCCACCUCACCCUCAACACCACCAGCCUGGCAGCAGCAGACUAUCCUCAUGCUGAAAGAACAGAACCGUCUUCUCACUCAGGUGAGGUGUGGGGAGAUGGGGCUGGGGCUGGAGGCCCAGCAGGCCCUGACCACCUGCCAACCUGCCCAGGAGGUGACUGAUAAGAGCGAGCGCAUCACUCAGCUGGAGCGGGAGAAGUCUGCACUCAUCAAGCAGCUGUUUGAGGCCCGAGCUCUCAGCCAGCAGGAUGCUGGGCCUCUGGACUCCACUUUCAUCUAGCUGGUCAUACCUCUCUAGGACGUGCAUACAAACUUAGCCUCAGCUCCGUGGCACCACAGAGAGCCAGUCUUCUAACUGAAGACCACCAGCUGUCUUAAACUACAGAACCCUUAGGGCACCUGCCUCCACUUUUAUAACCUGGACUGGCCUGACAUUACACAGUUCCAGACUUGGGGUGUUGAUCCGUCAUACCUGAAGCUGCUACUUCCACUGUCAGUGGAUGGUGGAGGACCAUUCCUCAUGUUUACCUGAUUUCAGGCAGCCCUGGACAGAGAAGGGGGCAUGUUUACAGCUGUCCUGUCCUCUCUCCCUGGGAUCCCUGGUGUUUAGUAAAAAGUACUGGUCACACCGGGCUGUAUUUCUCAUAAUGCCCAGAAGAGGGUGCUUGCUGAACUGGGUUCCUCUACCCUAUUGUUUUACGUGAUUCUGCAUGAUUGAACAAGUAGUACUAGGAGGCCUGGAGACCAAUAGGUUAGGGGUCCUUCUCUUCACCAAGGGCACUAUGGCAAGGUGAUUGUGGUGCAGAUGGGAGCAGAAGUGAGGUGUGGAAUGGAAGGAGGACAGGACCCUCUAAUGGAGGGCUCUGUUUGUGCUUGUUGGAGGAGCCACAAAGUCAAGGUUUGAAUGUAGCUGAGAAUGAAUCUGGCUAUAGCUGGACCAGGCCAGUCUGGUUCUUAGAAAUAAGCCAAUAGCUUGGAUUCCCUGCUUUACCUUAACUAACUGUCCAGGGAAAGAUGGCAUCAAGGUAGCUCAGAUGUGGCUGGCCAUCCCUUAAAGAGAGGUUCUGUCCCCUAAAAUGAGUGAGUCUUGGCCUCCCAGCUGAGUCAUGACGUGCCCUGUGGACAGAACACACCCACUGCACAGGGUGCAGGAUUCCCUGGGUCUGGGCUCUGGUCACAUCUCCAUCUUUCAAUCCCCUACUUGGUCUGACAGUGUGAUCAUAGAGAAGCAAACUGGGAGCACAUGAAGACACUGAGGCUUCUUGGAUAUGACUCUUCGUGCUCAUACCUCCCUUUGGUAGCUGGGGUGGGCACAGAUUGGAUGAGGAGAAUCUGUUCAGCUCAGUCUGGUGGAGCCAUGUGCUUACUAUGAAAGGCCCAGAAACAUCACAGGUGAAUUCUGUGGCCUGAAGCCUCAGUAUGGAGUGUGAGCAUUUGUGGGUACGGUAACCAUGGAGUCUAAUUUUCCCACUGUGCUUGACCUGCAAAGCAUACCCAAUCAGGUACAAAUGAUUCUGGCACCCACACCAUCUACUUCAGGAAUUGGAGUGACUAGAGUGGUUUCUGGGCUGGAAGGAAAGCUAGUACUAAAAAGCAGUUGUGUUCUAUAAGCUCAGAGUAUCUAGAUAAACUUGACUUAGACUAAUGCCAUCUAGAGACAGGUCUCCAUGACAACAGGUUGGGUCUGCCCCCCCAACCUUCCUCAAGAUGGCCUCCUUUGUGUUCCUUGCCCCUGUACACUUGCAUUCCAUGGCUUAGCACUCCUAUUCCUCAGGUCCUGGGAACACUUGACUAGUCUAGGUUCUGUAGACACAGCCUGUGACACAAUACUUGAGCCAGACUGCCCCUCCAAUGGAGACCCAUCUCUCAGCAAGCUCUGGCCACCUCAGUCACAGCCUCACUUUCCUCUUGGCUUUGCCCAAGCUAACUACUCCCUCUACAAAGCAGAAUCCCUGUUUUGCCCACUACAUCCUUUCUAAACUUGAUCAGGUCACAUGGCACAGCAACAAAACAUAGAUGGUGGCGCAUGCCUGUAAUCCUAGCACUGGGGAGGCAGAGACAGGAAGAUCUUUGAGUUUGAAGCCAUCCUGGUGCAUUCCAGGGCUACACUGAGAAACCCUGUCUCGAACACCCUCGCAUACACAAAAAUUACACAGGUGCAAGCUAGGUUGCAGCUUCUCUGAAAUGUCUGCCACACCUUGAAGUGCUGCAUUGGCUCCUAACAUGGGAUCACAGGCGAGAGGUGGAGCAACAUAGGCUCUGCUCCUGGGUCACAUCCUUUAGGAGACCUCUCACAUUUCCAGGAGUUAAGUUGAAACAAGAUGACACAGAUGGGAGUUCAACAAAUAUGGCCUCAUGGCCCUGAUAAGAAGCAGGAUAAGAAAACAUGUUUGUGGUUCCUGUAAUAUUCUAUAGUUUCUUAGAAGUCUAUGGCCUGAAGCCAGACUGUCUGUGUGGCCCUAGAGACUUCAAGAGAGAUUUUUUUUUUUUCUUUCCUGAGAUAGGGUUUCUUUAUGUAGCCCUAGCUGUCCUGGAACUGACUCUAUAGGCCAGGCUGCUCUCAAACUCAGAGCUCUGCCUGCCUCUGCCUCCUGAAUGCUGGGAUUAAAGGUAUGUGUCACCACUAUCAAAGGUGGAAUUUUAAGUGUUCCUGAUAGGCUGGGGGAACUAGCAGAGGCCAGUACAAAUCCUCAGUGGAAACCCUGCUCCUGUGGUGUAGACUAGGAAAGUGUCUCCUGCAUGCUGACCUCUCUUGUCUGAGGUGAAAUGUAGCAUUGACUGCCCUCUCUGGUGCUGUAGUGCACACAGACUCCCAGCUGUGACAGCCCAAACUGUCUAGAGAUUGUUCUCAAAGAAAACCUUUUCCAGGUUGACAGAAACACAGCUACAACAAACUGGCUUCAAGCAUUUUGUGUAGAGUAAAUUUCAAGGAGAUGAGCUUCUCCAGGUUGAAAAAAGAAAAGAAAAAUCACAGGCUCCAGAAGACAGCAAAAGACAGGACCUGACAGGACUGCGGUACUAUAGUGAUCACAGAGAAAACAGUAAUGACAUGUUUUAUCUAAAGAAAUGGAGGGGAUUCUUGAACCUAUGAGCAAGGAAUAAUAGUCUGUACUCUUAAAGGUGUUAUGUAUCAAUAGAAUAAGAUGAUACCAAGGAAUAUGAAUAAAGUAGAACUUCUAGAUAUGAAAAAAAAAAAAUAAUGAAAUUAAAAGGUCUCCACAAGCCGGGUGUGGUGGUGCAUGCCUUUAAUACCAGCAAUCAGGAAGGUGGAGAGGCAGGCAGAUCUCUGUGUGGUCAAGGCCAGCCUGAUCUACAAGAGUCCAGGACAGCCAAGGCUACACAGAGUAGCCCUAUCUCAAAAGAAAAAAAAAAAAAAAAAAAAAGGAAAGAAUCACCUACCAAAAAACCCACCACAGUGGUAAGAAAGAAGAAACUAUCUGAGGGAUGAAAUGGAACAGGGGUCACUAGGAGGGCAGUGGAGGAAGGGAACAAUUGAGGGAAAAAAGUAUAACCUGAAAACAAGAAAAAAGCUGGGUGGUGGUGGCACACAUCUUUAGUCCCAGCACUCGGGAGGCAGAGGCAGACAGACCCCUCUGAGUUCGAGGCCAGACUGGUCUACACAGCAAGUUCCAAGACAGUCAGGCUACACAGAGGAACCUUGUCUGGAAAAACCUAAAAUAAAAUAAAGUGUAAGACACAUAAGUAUGAGAAUGCCAUUAAGAAAUCCAUUAUUUGGGCAGGAGAGAUGUUUUAGUUGUUGAGAAGCUGGUUGCUCUACCAGAGGCCAUGGAUUCAGUUCCCAGCACCAUAUAUUGACUCAGGCAUGCAUGCAGGUAUAACGCUAAUACACGUAAAAAAUAAAUUAGGUGGCUGGAUAUGGUGGCACACAGCUUUCAUCCCUGCACUGAGGAGGCAAAGGCGAGUGGAUCACUGUGGGUUUGAGGCCAGCCAGAGCUACAUAGUGAGAUUCUGUCUCAAAAACAAAUAAAACCCAUUAUUUUAGAUAGCAAUGUAAAAUUAAUUUAAAAAUCAAAGGCCAAAACAAUAUAGUUAUUAAACCUCAAAGUCUAUACCAGGAGAUGCUAACUAUACAGAGCACAGGCAGAGCAAAACACUUUCAGACAAAACAAAGUUUACCACCAGAAGACAAUCAUUAAUGGGGGCCAUGGGUGUAUCAGUAGGAAGAUAAAAUUCAGGAAAGAUUCAUUGAUAAAC